AUGGAUGGGUGCACAAGCUGUCACACACUCCUACCAUCCACUGUAAACUUCUCAGCUUUUGGGGGCUCGAGCUUUGGUGAUCCUCAGCUCUACAAGUCUAUAAUUAGAAGCCUACAAUUCUUGACAGUAACUAGACCAGAAAUCUCCUACAGUGUCAACAAAUUGUCGCAAUUUGUUCAGGCUCCCUUGGAUACUCAUUGGAGGAUGGUGAAGAGGAUAUUCCGGUAUCUCAGUAGGACAAGAAAUUAUAGCUUACAGUUGAAUAAAAAUAGUUCGAUGCAAGUGACUGCUUAUUACAAUUCAGAUUGGGCUAGAGAUCCUGAUGAUCGAAAGUCCACGAGUGGAUACUGUGUGUUUCUAGGUUCUAACUUGGUCUCUUGGGCUUCAAGAAAGCAGACAGCAGUGGCACAGUCAGAAGUUGAAUAUUGA